CGGACACAGACCAACUGGGUGGCCUAGAGGGAAGGAGCUAGUGAUAUAAAAGGGUCGGGUGUCGUCGUCAUUUGUGCUGCUUCAAUCCUACAUUCACUCAUCAUCUACCACCCUCUCUCCUAAUACUCUACUACUUCCUACAAACCCUUUCUCAUACCAAUACUAUUUUCUUACAAAAACAAAAACAAUACUCAAACACAAACAUGGCCUCCAUCCGCCAACUCAACCAACCCGGUUCCUACUGGGACGUGAUCGCCAACAUGGAAGACCACCCGUUCUUUGCUGGUCUCAACCACAACCACAUCCCCGGGGAUGAGACCGACCAGUCCGGCCCCGGAGGCUUCCCCUUCGGGGGCCAGUUCGCCCAACGCGGCCGCCAUGGCCCUCACCACCACGGUCGCCGUCACCACCGCGAAUCCGAGACUGAAGACGACGAGGAAACCGCUCAAGAAGAGACAAACGACGAAAACGAGGAGGCUUCUUCCUCCUCUGAUGACGAUAAUAACGACAACGAUGCUCCCCGUGGAUCAGAGCCCCACCGCGGCCACAGAGGCCAUGGACAUGGACGACACGGUGGCGGUUUCCACGCUAAGGGCGGACGCGGUGGUCAUGGACGCGGUGGUCACGGACGUGGUCGCCAUGGUCAUGGACCCAAGGGAUUUGGAGGACCGGGAACCUGGGGAUUCGGCCAUCCCGCUGAAUUUGGACCAUGGGGUGGACCUCAUGAGUUUGGACCUCACGGUCACGGCGGCUUUGGACCUCACGGCUUCGGACACCACGGCUUUGGACCUCGCGACUUUGGACACCACGGCUUCGGCCUUCACAGAGGCUACAAGGGCUUCGGACCCCACGGCGGAUUCGGACCCGGCCCUCACUGCGGCGGCCGUGGCAGCCACGGCGCCCGCUUCUCCCCCUGGGGAGGCAAACCCAUGAAGGGAUUUAAGCACGGAAAGCACGGAAAGCACCACCAUCGGGGCUUCGGCUUCGGCCCAUUCGGCCACAAGAUGCACCACUUUGACGAAGGCUUUCACCCCGAAGUCGACGUCUACGACACCCCCGAGUUUUUCGUGGUGCAUGCGUCUCUGCCCGGCGCCAAGAAGGACGCGGUGGAGGUGAAGUGGGAUCCGAAGAAGUUCGAGCUCAACAUCAGCGGAGUGAUUGAGCGGCCUGGGGGCGAGGAGGUGCUGAAGACAUUGGCGCUGGAUGAGCGUCGCGUUGGCGAGUUUGAUCGCAAGGUGCGCCUGGGGAGCGUGGCGCAGCCCGUGGAGAUUAAUGUUGAGGGCAUCACGGCAGAGAUGGAGAAUGGGGUGCUCAGUGUGAAGUUGCCGAAGGUCGAGGCGGAUGUGGUUAUGGUUACUAAGGUGGAUAUUCAGUGAUGUGGUAUUUAUGCUAUGGGAUAUGGGAACAAAUUGAAAUUAGGACUGGGAUAUGGCGUUGAUCGUUAGCAUUGUUGAUUGUUGAUUGCUGAUUGAUAUUAUAAUAUAAGGGGAUCUUUGAUCCUACCACAAC